UGUCCAGUCUGCCUGUGCGCGCGUGAUGCCUUAAGGUUGUUACUCAACUCCUACAUAUGACUCAAUUUUUGUAACAGGACAGUUGCCAAUCUUUUUUAGACUCUGAUUUGGGUCUUUCGUCGUCAUCGUUUAAGAGCGCUUAAGGUUAAAAAGUCGCACGUGUUAAAAUAUUCGUUAACUACUCGACGAUAUGUACGAGGAUUACAACGAGUACGAAACUUACGACGAAUAUGGACCGCCGGAUGUACACUCUGAGCAAUAUGACAGAUUAAGUUAUCGUCAAGUGCCCGAAGUGGUGCGAAAUUUUCUUGUGUAUUUACGAAAUUGUAUAAAUGAAGGAAUGAUCUUUGAAAUUCAAAAUUUAUACGAAACAUCAUUUCCGAAGAUUUCCGAACAAUUGUUUGAUAAAUCGUCUUGGCCGGAUGCGUCAAGCGUCGCUCACAUCGUUGACAAUGAUCUAGUAUUUCUAAUUCUCUAUAAGGAACUUUAUUAUCGUCACAUCUAUGCCAGAAUGCAAGGACCAACAUUGGAGCAACGUUUUGCAUCCUUUUAUAAUUACUGCGAUUUAUUCAAUUAUAUAGUACACCCAGAAACACCCGUUCAAUUGGAAUUACCCGAUCAGUGGUUAUGGGAACUUAUCGAUGAAUUUGUUUACCAAUUUCAAUCGUUUACGCAGUACCGUGCAAAUUUGUCUAACAAAACGCCCGAUGAAAUAGAGAAUUUAACUGCCCACAAUAAAAUAUGGGACGUUCUCUGCGUUUUAAAUGUUCUUCAUUAUUUGGUCGACAAGUCUAAUAUCAAGAGACAAUUAGAAGUUUAUGCGAGCGGAGGAGAUCCUGAUUCCGUCGCAGGAAUCUUUGGCAGACACUCGUUGUAUAAGAUGUUGGGAUAUUUCUCCCUUGUUGGUCUUUUGAGAUUACAUUCUUUACUGGGCGAUUAUUAUCAGGCAAUUAAAGUUUUAGAAAACGUUGAAUUAUAUAAAAAAAGUGCUUACUCUCACGUACCAGGUUGUCAAAUAUCCACUGCUUAUUACGUUGGAUUUGCAUACAUGAUGAUGCGUAGAUAUGCAGAUGCAAUUAGAACCUUCUCCGGUAUUUUACUAUAUAUUCAGCGCACAAAACAAUUAUUUGCAACUCGAAGUUAUCAGAAUGAUCAAAUCAAUAAGCAAACCGAACAAAUGUAUCAUCUAUUGGCAAUUUGUCUUGUUCUUCAUCCACAGUGCAUAGAUGAAGGUUUACAGCAAGCAUUAAGAGAUAAAAAUUAUCACGAAAAGAUGUACAAAAUGCAAUAUGGAGAUCUUGCAGAAUUUGAAUCGUGUUUCUUAUUCGCGUGUCCUAGAUUUUUAUCUUUGACGCAACCCAACCCUGAUAAUUUACACGAGGACUACGUUAGAGAGGCGAUUAGACAUCAAACUCAAGUAUUCAUGGAUGAAGUCGUACAACAAAAAAUGUUACCUACGAUACGUUCUUAUUUGAAAUUAUAUACAACUUUGCCAUUGAGCAAAUUAGCUACUUUUAUGGGUAGUGCCACUAGACAAGAUGAAAGUUGGGAUUUGGAUAAAGAGGUUAAUGCGCUAACCAUACAUUUAUUGUGUUUCAAACAUAAGAUGAAAAAUAUUGUAUGGACGAAAGGUGCAUCAGGAUUAGAUGGCAAAUUUCAAUCAGGCUCCGAGUUGGAUUUCUACAUCGAUCAUGAUAUGAUUCACAUCGCGGACACAAAAGUAGCGCAUAGAUAUGGAGAUUUUUUCAUACGUAAAAUUUUGAAGUUCGAAGAGUUGAACCGCAAAUUACAUCACAUAAAGAUUUAAUUCAAACAUUUUAUCAUAUGUAAAAGUGAAAAAAAUAAUAAAAUUUCAUAACGAGAAGAUAA